UUGGAGAUAAUACAUGGGUAUCUGAAACUCGAAGAAGCUUUCAAGUCAACUGUUUAUAUACAUUGAGCAUCUUCCCCAAGCUGAAAAGCUUUUCUUUUGUUCUUUCCUGCUGCUGGUUUGCUGUUGUUAUGUUCUGCAUCUUUAUUUUCUUUUUGUUUCUCAUGUAUGCAGGUACUGAGCUGAAAGUUUCAAGACCAUGUUCUUGUAACUCGAAGAACAAAUCCAAUCGAAAUAGGUCUCCCAUGGAGCUCCAUCAGAUUUUUGAGUCCCGUCGGGUAUUUGAAACGAGACUGCUUCAGCUGUUCCUCUGUUGUUUGUUGACUCUGGAAGUCAGGGGCAGGACUCAAAGGUCCACUACUUCCACAGUGCCAAGUGUUGUGAACAUAGGAACUCUGCUUACCGUCGACUCCAUCAUUGGUAAAGUGUCAAUGCCAGCAAUUUCAGCUGCUGUUGAUGAUGUUAAUUCCGAUCCUACCAUUCUUGGGCGGACAAAGCUGCGUGUUUCCAUGCAGGACACAAAUUGCAGUGGAUUUCUUGGUACUAUAGAAGCUUUGCAGCUCUUGGAGAAAGAUAUGGUUGCAAUAAUUGGUCCACAAUCUUCUGUUGUAGCUCAUGUGAUUACUCAUGUUGCUAAUGAACUUCAUGUGCCACUUCUGUCAUUUGCGGCAACAGAUCCUACUCUCUCUGCAUUACAGUAUCCUUAUUUCCUCCGCACGACACAUAGUGACUUGUUCCAGAUGCAGGCAAUAGUUGAUUUUAUCGACUUUAAUGGAUGGAGGGAGGUAAUUGCAAUCUUUGUGGAUAAUGAUUAUGGGAGAAAUGGGAUAUCUGCAUUGGAUGAUGCUCUGGCUAAGAAACGUUCCAAGAUCUCAUAUAAAGCUGCCUUCCCUCCAGGGGCCUCAAGAAAUGUGAUUCAUGACUUAUUAGUUACAGUAAUUAUGAUGGAAUCUCGAGUUUAUGUUGUACAUGUAAAUCCUGAUUCUGGUUUAACAGUUUUCUCUGUUGCAAACACUCUUCAGAUGAUGGGCACUGGCUAUGUCUGGAUUGCAACAGAUUGGCUCUCUUCUGUUCUAGAUUCAUCAGAACCGAUGAACCUUGAGAAGAUAAAUCUCUCAGGGGUGGUUGCACUGCGCCAUCACACCCCAGAUUCUGACCUCAAAAGGAGUUUCCUUUCUCGGUGGAGCAGCUUACAGCAUAAAGGGAAUGCUAGCUUAAGCCUGAAUUCUUAUGCUCUCUAUGCCUAUGAUUCUGUUUGGUUAAUUGCUCAUGCUCUUGAUGAGUUCCUGAAUGAAGGAGGAAAUAUUUCAUUCUCUAGUGAUCCCAGGUUGCAUGAUGCAAAUGGAAGCACAAUGCAUUUAACAAUGCUUCGAUCCUUUGAUGGAGGGCAGGUGCUGCUUCAGAAAUUGAUGACAAUAAACUUUACGGGUCUAACUGGUCAGAUUCAAUAUGAUUCAGACAGAAAUUUGAUCCAUCCAGCUUAUGAUAUCAUUAAUAUUGGUGGAACUGGGUCUCACAUCAGUAUAGGAUAUUGGUCGAAUUAUUCAGGUCUUUCAGUUGUAGUUCCAGAGGUCUUGUAUACAAAGCCUCCUAACACAUCUAGCAGUAGCCAACAGCUUAAUGACAUAGUAUGGCCUGGUGGAACCACAAAAAGGCCACGUGGGUGGGUGUUCCCCGAUAAUGGGAAGCCUCUAAGAAUUGGGGUUCCUUAUCGAGUAAGUUAUAAGGAAUUUGUAUCAAAGGAUAAGGGUGCCCUUGGGGUGAAAGGGUUCUGCAUAGAUGUCUUUGAAGCUGCAGUGUCCCUGUUGCAGUAUUCUGUUCCACAUACAUACAUAUUAUAUGGGAAUGGUUCAAGAAAUCCUGAUUACAAUGAACUUGUUGAAAUGGUUUACCAAAAUGAUUUUGAUGCAGCUGUUGGAGACAUAACUAUUGUUACAAAUAGGACAAGGAUUGUGGAUUUCACACAGCCUUUCAUUGAAUCAGGCCUUGUCAUAGUUGCUCCUGUCCGACAAACAAAGUCUACUGCUUGGGCUUUUCUAAAGCCUUUUACAGUAGAAAUGUGGUGUACAACAGGUGCUUUCUUUCUCUUUGUGGGCAUUGUUGUUUGGAUUCUUGAGCACAGAUCGAAUUCUGAAUUCCGUGGCCCACCAAGACAACAGUUUAUAACUGUGUUUUGGUUUAGUUUCUCAACGAUGUUUUUUGCUCACAGAGAAAACACUGUGAGCACUCUUGGACGUUUGGUGUUGAUCAUAUGGCUAUUUGUAGUGCUAAUUAUCUCUUCGAGUUAUACAGCUAGUUUGACAUCAAUCCUGACGGUGGAACAGUUGACAUCACAGAUCGAAGGGAUUGACAGCUUGAUAUCAAGUAAUGAACCUAUUGGGUAUCAGGACGGGUCCUUUGCAAGAAAAUAUAUGAUUGAGGAACUCAACAUUCCAGAGUCCAGGCUCAAGAACCUAAGAGACCCGAAGGAAUAUGUUGAUGCCCUCCUGCGUGGACCAAAAGGUGGUGGGGUUGCUGCAAUUGUUGAUGAACUACCUUAUGUUCAGAUUUUCUUGUCCAAUACCAAUUGCAGAUUCAGGAUUGUGGGACAGGAGUUCACAAAAAGUGGAUGGGGAUUUGCAUUCCAGAGGGACUCCCCUCUCUCUGUUGAUUUGUCAACCGCCAUCCUUCAGCUCUCAGAGAAUGGUGAUCUCCAGAGGAUCAAUAAUAAAUGGUUGUCAACAAAUGACUGCUCCAUGGAAGUUGAAGAUGUAGAUUCCAACCGGUUGUCUCUCAGUAGUUUUUGGGGCCUCUUUGUCAUGUGUGGUAUUGCAUGCUUCAUUGCACUUCUUGUGUUUUCCAUUAAGGUACUUCGUCAGUACCGCAGGUAUGACUCAGAGGUGGAGGAGGAUGAAGAAGACUCCAAUUCAGUGUCUCAGCAAGCAACCCGCUCAACUAGCUUCAAGAACCUAAUUGAGUUUAUUGAUAAGAAAGAAGAAGAGAUCAAGAACAAGCUCAAGAAGAAGGUAAAUGAUAGUAAGCAACAACAAAGUAAUAAGAGCUCAGAUGGAGAGUCUAGUUCUUGAGAAGUGUAGAGAAGAUGGGCCGAAUGGCCCAUAGGUUGCUUAUUCCUUCUUGUUAUUUAUGUUUCUUUUYUGUAAUGGGCCUUAUUCUGGGUCCAUCCUGUCAAUAUUAAGUUCUGUGUAAAUUCUUGCCCAACUAAGGGCCUCUUUGUAAUUAUUCAAAUAUUUCUAAUAAAACAGUGUUAGGGGGCUGAGAGAGUGUGAGUUCGAAAUCCUCUUCUCAGACCCUCAUUGCUGAA